AUGGAGGGCGGCAACCCUAGGGCAGCCGCGGGCCCACCUCCCAUCCACGGGAGUGGGGGCGGCUAUGCCCUAGCCAUCGGGCUUGCGGCCACCAUGGUGGACGCAAACCCUCAGCCUCCACACAAUGCAGCCUGGGUCUUUGCGGCCGCCGUGGGGGUCGUAGACCCUUCGGCCUCCACCUUGUGGAGCAGGGUAGUUGCGGCCACUCAUGUGGAUGUAGCCCCUCUACCUCCACACGAUGGACGUAGGGGCUCUGUGGCUCUGCAGGAGAUGGGCGGAAAUCCUAGGGCAGUCGUGGGCCCACCUCCCAUUCACGGGAGUGGGGGCGGCUGUGCCCUAGCCAUCGGGCUUGCGGCCACCAUGGUGGACGCAAACCCUCAGCCUCCACACAGUGGAGCCGGGGUCUCUGCGACCGUCAUGGGGGUCGCAGACCCUUCGACCUCCACCUUGUGA